AUGUUGCAAAAUUUGGCUAGGAUUUUGUGAUUAGUUAUAGGAUUAUUAGCAACAAUAAUUAUUUAAAUAACGAUUUUUUUCAAGUAAUGGAUGAUAGCGAAUUUUCCCAUAGAGCUCGUAAACGAAUAAAGGAAGUGAAGAAAAAAGCUAGACCAGAACUGAACACCAAGGAAUCCUGGAAACAACUAGGCUUUGCUUCUGAUUUUGAACGAUUCCAAGACUUCACAGAUAACUGUGAGAGAAUUGACCAGGUGACAAGUUCCCAAAGAGAAUUUAUUUCAAAGUAUGAACUUCCCUAUAAGCCAGUUGUAAUCACUAGAAGUCAAAUUGGUUGGAAAGCCAAUGAAAAAUGGACCCUGGAAAAACUAGCUAGAAAAUAUAGAAACCAAAAAUUCAAAUGUGGUGAAGACAAUGAAGGUUAUAGUGUUAAGAUGAAAAUGAAGUAUUAUAUUCAAUACAUGCUCAACACUAAAGAUGACAGCCCCCUAUAUAUCUUUGAUAGUAAUUUUGGUGAGCAUCGGCGUAGAAAAAAAUUGUUGCAAGAUUAUGAAGUGCCCUACUAUUUUAGAGAUGAUUUAUUGAAAUAUUCUGGUGAGAGCAAAAGACCACCUUAUAGAUGGUUUGUUAUGGGACCAGCUAGAUCUGGAACUGGAAUUCAUAUUGAUCCACUUGGUACUAGUGCUUGGAAUGCACUUGUGGUUGGCCACAAGAGAUGGUGCUUAUUUCCCACUCAUACUCCCAAAGAACUGUUGAAGGUUACAAUUCCUCUAGGUGGCAAACAACGAGAUGAAGCUAUAACAUGGUUUGAUGUAAUUUACCCAAAAACUAAGAGUGCUGAUUGGCCAGAAAAUUGUAAACCAAUUGAGAUUCUCCAGAAACCAGGAGAUACUGUAUUUGUGCCUGGUGGUUGGUGGCAUGUUGUUCUCAACCUAGAUAUGACAAUAGCAGUUACUCAGAACUUUUGCAGUAGAACAAAUUUUCCUGUAGUCUGGCAUAAAACUGCAAGAGGCAGACCUAAAUUAUCCCGCAAAUGGUUGAAAGCUUUAAGAGAAAAAGAACCAAAUUUAGCUGCAUUGACAGAUAGAAUUAGUUUAGAUAAACCAUCUGGAGUUGCUUCAGACAGUUCCAGUAACUCAUCUUCAAGUUCCAGUUCGGAAUCUGAUAGUUCCGGCUCUGAAAAUGAUGAUAGUGGCCAAGAGUCUAUUUCAGCCAAAAAGAAGAAAAGGAAGUCUGAUUUUGAUAAUGAGAAUAAUAGAAAAACUUGUCCAAGAUUGGUAAGUUAUUUUUUAGCAUUCAUUAUAAUACCAUUAUUGUACCUGCAUAAUAGGUUUUCUCAGAUUUAUUCCAUCUCUUCUGAAGAUACAGAUUUUUGUUUAACUGAAGAUGCCAACUUAAUUCCAAUGUAUUACAUUUUUUUAUAUAAUUUUGAGUCAAAUUCCACAUUUGAGGACAUUCACAAAAUUACAUUUCUAUUUAAAAUGGCAUGAUAUAAGAUUUUCCUCAAAUCUAGUGACUACUAUUAUUAUGCAAGGAAAAAAAAGUAUCCAAAUGAGAAAUUUUUCAGAAAUAAGCAUUUAUUUUCAGCCUUCUGACCUCAAAAACAGGAUGAGUCAGAAUAAGACCAAUAAACCCCAUAAGCAAAAUCCUAACCUCAUUUUGAAGUGAAAGUUCCUAUUCAAAUAUGUCCUAAAAUGCACCCUCUGUGAAAUAAUUGAACUUGAUAUACAAUUCCAGAAUAAUCAAGUUGAUUAGGUACUUGGAGUUUUCAUUUUCAAAUUCUGUUAACCAGUGGCAUAAUAUGUCAGCACAUUUCCCUUCAUAUUAUUUGUUACACAUAUGAAAUGUCAAAUUGGUGUGUGGCAUCAGUUAGGCUUAUUUAUACUCAACCUGAAAGUAAUGACAUUCCACAUGCCUAAAUGUAAAGGUUCCUGGGAUUUUUGCAAAAAACUAAAGAUACCUAUGUCCUGAGGUAAUAUUGCUACAUGUUCAAGAAAUAAUUGUAAUGUUCAAUUUUGUUCACAUAUUCUACAGGUUGCAACUUUGAGAAAUAAUAAUAAUAAAAGUGCUUUAUUGGUCACCCAAUAGGCCACCAACUGUAGUAGUCCUUCCUGUUACACAUUUACAUAUAUUGUAUUUCAUUUGUUUUGCUGUAUAAUAUACAAAUAUAAUUAUUUUUAUGUGGAAUAUUGUUUGGUGCAGGUAAAACAAAAAGGUUAAUUUCUUGGCACUUCUGCUAUGUUUGUUAUGUAUUCUAGCAAGGUGUUGACAAUUCUGAAGUAAUUGAUCUCCGGUGAUAACUUGGAUUUUUAGACGAUUUUCAGAAAUUUCAGGAUUUUGUAUGUUAUUUUUCAUAAAAACCAAUUUAUCUCACUUUAGAGCAUUGAAUCAGGAGGACUUUUUUCAUGUGGAAGAUUUUGGCGCUUCUGAAUGUAUUAAACAUUACAAUAGCUCCCGUGACAUAAAAGUUUGGAGGGGUUAAACCCUUGCCAGGCGUUGAACUCUCCUCAAAUGACCAAGGAAAUUGAUUAAGAGCCCUAAAAAUAGUCAUUAUUAAUGAUGAAGUGUGAACAAAGGCUCAACUACAUAUCUCAAACGGUUCCAGAGAUAAGAUGUUACCAUCAGGACAAUGAGGCGUGCAUGCUCCGUGGUGACGUCACCUUAGUGAGGCCUAACCAGCGGCUCUAAAGGACAAGCGCUUAUGGCGCUAUAAGGCGUCCGCGUAUUUCAAUUUUAGUUUAAGAUCAUUAUUGAGCCAAUUUUGCUGUUUUUUUGAAGGGCUUCCGGUUGAAAAAGGAUGCCAGUCGUCAACUGAGCCCUUCUUCGCACCCCAUUCGAUUUUAUUAUGGAAAAACGAAGUUUCAAAGAAAAAACCAAAAUAAAACACAAAUACCCACAUACAGCAACCCAUUCGGAUUAAAUAUAUUGGCAAAAAUUGUGGAGAAGGUAAAUUUCACACUUAUACAAGUGUUUGUAGUACAUGUUGAAGUGAUAGUUGAAAUUUGAUCAAUGGAAUGAAUUCUGCAUUCAUUGCCACGAGGCAAAUGACCGUUUCCAGAAAGAAAUUUGAGAAUGUAUUGAGUUAAAAAUGCCCGUUUAUCAUUCAAGAAACUUUCCUCGAAUUCAGAGAUGUUGUGUUGAUUUUGUUGAAUAUAAUAUACGAAUACAAAACUAACUGCACAAUCAAAGCUUUUCUCUUUCAAAUCUACUCAUACUUUUUAUGAGUGAGUAAUUGUCUUCUAUUAUUAAUCCAUCAUUAUAAAUUAAGCUCUGUUUACUACUGUACUUAGAUGGAGUAAAAUCCUCGCGGUGAAUUGCAUACACCCACUUUUUCGAUAGUUCCUCGUCCAACGGGAAACUAAAAGAAUGAACUUUUGGACCACCCACAUAAUUCCCCCGACAAAAGGGAACACAACACUUGAAAGGCAUUGUUAUUUCGCUUAUCACAACACGAAAUAUUUCACAAAACAGUAAUUUUUCCGCCAAAUGUUUUGAUGAAUAAACAACAAAAGAAUUCGGGACCGCUUCAAAAACAUAUUAUGUGAACCACCGAACAUGAAUUAACACGGACUGACGCGUUAGUCCACACACUGGCCUCUCUUAGGUGACGUCACGAGCUGUUUACGUCAGAGUCUGCUGGCCUUCUAAUCUCGAUGGUAACGGUAAGAGCAAAAAUCUGAGAAUUAAUUUUUUUUAAGG